AUGCAAAGUCAUAAUACCUUGCUUGAUACCGUCAGACUUUGUUAUUUGGAUCAUACAGAACUAUGGAAUUUAGAGACAAUUGGCAUAAAAGAUCCGGCGGAAGGGAAGACUAAGGAGAAUUUAGACAAUGAAACGAUCAAAGUUUCCCUAGAGAACAUUAAAGUAAUCGAGGGCAAUAGGUAUGAAGUCUGUUUUUCUUGGAAGGAUAGUCAUCGGAUUCUUGAAGAUAAUAAAGCGGAAAAAAGACUUUUUGCCAAUACACGAAGACUGCAGAAGAUGGGAUUUUUCGAAGAAUAUGAUGGUAUUAUUAAAGGCUGGCAUGAGGAAGGUAUAAUUGAAAUAGCUCCGAAUAAUAGUGAUGCUGGACACUAUUUAUCUCAUCAAGCAGUAAUCAAGGAUUCCAGUCUGACUACGAAAGUGCGACCUGCAUUCGAUGCAUCAUUGAAAAAGAAAAUGGGAAUUCCUUGA